CUAAAAUGGCGGCUAAGAGUAAGAGUAUGGAUGAGUGGGACUUGUCGGAAAGAUGUUAUCGCUACGUAAAAAUGGAUUUUCCUCUACUGGAUUAUAUGGAAGCAUAUUUGGCAAACCCAUAUGACAAGGAAGAUAAUCCUGAAGGUAUCAUUAACAUGGGCACCAGCGAAAACAAGAUCAUUGCUGAUAUUGUGACUGCAAAAUUGAAUGAACAGAAUGAAUUCAAGGAAGAACACUCACAUUAUGGCGACUUUCGUGGAAUGCCGAAAUUUCGUGAAUCUAUGGCAAAGUUUUUCGAACGUUACAUGAAGCCGUUGGAAAAAAUCGAUCCAGAAAACAUUGCUGUCUACAACGGUUGUGCUUCGAUAGUUAAAGCUCUUUCCGCAACUAUAUUUAACCCUGGAGAGGCUAUCCUAAUGCCGACGCCGUAUUAUGCAGGAUUCGAACAAGAUUUAUACAUUGAAAACGAAAUUGUUCGCUUUCCCGUCCAUUUGUCAAGCGAGCCUCAUCCAGAGACCAACAUGCCAUUUGAAAUUACAAUGAAAGCUCUGGAAACAAGUUUUGCCAAGGCAACAGCACAGAAUCUCACAGUCCGCGGUCUCAUGCUGUGUAAUCCCCAAAAUCCAUUGGGAACAGUAUAUUCAGAGAAACAGAUUCUUGAAUGCAUGGAAUUCGCUGAGAGACAUUCCUUGCAUAUUAUUGCUGAUGAGAUUUAUAUGUUGUCAGUCUUCAAAGAAGGUUCUUCUACGCAAUCUGUAUUGGCUGUAAAUGGUCCAAUCAGUCCGGAACGAUUACAUGUGGUCUGGGGAUUUAGUAAGGACUUUGGUUUAUCAGGUGUGCGUGCAGGAGCUGUCUACACACGCAAUAAAGAUAUCUUAGAAGCUCUACGUAGGAUUGCUCCUUUUUACGCCAUAGCUACGUUCCUUCAGGCAAUGCUAGAAAACCUUGUAAUUGAUUAUGACUGGUUGGAUAAAGUUCUCAUUCCAACGAACCACAAACGGUUACGAGAAUGUCACAGAGUGAUUACGGAGGCUUUGAAAAAAGAGAACAUUCCUGUUGUGCCAAGCUGUUCUGGUCUUUUUGUAUGGAUUGAUCUACGGCAGUAUUUAGAUACACAAAGUUUUGAAGCGGAGAAACGUCUAGGCGAUAUGAUGUUAGAGAAUGCUGUUUACAUUAACGCAGGCAAAGUGUUUUGUUGUUGUGAACCUGGUUGGUAUAGAGUAGUAAUUGCUGAUGAUCCUGCAAAAAUUAAAAUAGGUAUUGAAAGGGUUAUUUCAACCUUGAAAAAGUUCAAAGCUUAGUGAAUAUGACAAUAUCAAGAAACUUUGUUACUAUAUACCUGCCGAUAUAUCUUAUAUAGCUUAUUGGUAUAUGCAUUUAAAACAAUAUUGUUGAUU